UGAGUUGUAAAAAAGAAGAAUUCACAAUACAUAACCUAAAUUUAUAGAAUUUAGAAUUAAAUUAAAUCAUUAAUCACAAAAAAUGAAUAUUUUUAAAAGGGGCACUAUCGAACUUAUACAACAUGUCAAGAUUUACAAUUUAUUUCAGUCGACUCAAGUGUAUAGACCAGUAACUUCGUACAAAAGUGCGCUCUCACUGGAACAUUUAUAUCCAAACAGUACCUUGAAAAUAACAACCCCUCAACCUCCAAGCAGUACAAAUGAAUUUACUGGAUAUAUUCCUAUGGAAGAAUUAGAUAUUACUUAUAGUAGAAGCAGUGGUCCCGGGGGACAAAAUGUAAACAAAGUAAAUACUAAAGUGGACAUACGAUUUCAUUUGCAGUCCGCUAAAUGGUUGAAUGAGAAAACUAAACAAAAAAUUGCUGAAAAGUUUAGUACCCAAUUAACCAAAGAAGGAUACCUAAUCUUCAGAUCAGAUAUUACAAGAUCUCAACAGUUAAAUUUAGCUGAUUGUUUGGAAAAAAUUAGGAAGGCUGUUAGAGGGGCAUUGAUGGUUCCAGCAGAGCCUAGUGUAGAGAGUCAAGAGAGGGCUAGACGAAGAUUAGAACGAGCAGCCAAAGAAAGGCUAAUGGUUAAGAGAGAAAAGUCCCAAGUGAAACAUUAUAGAAAUGAUUCUAAUAUUGUAGUUUAGUGAAUAAAGUAUUUUACAGAUA